GACCCUUUCAACCACUUAACAAUAACACAAGAGAAACUCACGCAGAUUACUCUCGAUCAACCACCAAGAUGCAGGAUAUCCAUCCAAUUGAGCUCUACAGAAUUCAUUCCGACGACAGAGCCAUCUACACCAACGCAAACGAUGUCAUCAAACACGUCGAAUCAAAAAUCAAGGAAUACGUUACAGAAGGAGGUGCCCAGUACAUCGCCAUUUCAAACGUCACCAAUAAAUCUUUCCAGGAGUUCAACAAAAAGCGCGAGCAAAUCCGUCCUCUUUCUCCAAGAGUCCGCUUCUUCAAAGAACAAGAGACUAUGCUGAUUAAGUUCAGAGACAACAUACAUGCUACUGUUGAAGGAAUGCUGCAUAACGUAUUCUUGACUAAGCUUACAGAACUUGGGAUUGAAGAAGAGAUGCUCAUGUCAGUGAGCGCGGCGACUCAGUCUUUGCCGGAGAUGGAGAUACAACCGGACUUGUCGUAUCUCCCGUAUCAAACGAGGACGCUCAAUGAGUGUCCUUCUUUUGUGGUUGGGGUUGGAGAUAUGGAUUGCUUGCAUAGGCUACAGUUGGACACGCGAUUAUGGUUGGAGGAUUCGUGUGGUAGGACCAGGGUUGCGCUCUUGAUGGCCAUCUGCACGGAGAGCAAAGAACUUCUAUUCGAAUUGUGGCAAUCGGAAAAAAAUAAGGUAGAGUGUAUGCAGCAUAUUCGGGUUAACGACACAGCAAACGAAGCCACGGAUGCUCCUUUGACUUUCCCACUGGGUCUGCUUUUUGAUGAAAUGCCUGUCCUUCCAGGUUUGAUGCUCGAGUCAAGCAUCUCACUUUCUGCGCAGGACCUUGGUAAGUUUGAAAAGGAUAUCUUUGAUUAAAUGGCAGUGAAUCGACAGAAGUAGGUAGAUCGUGAAU